AUGUUACGUGUGUGUUCCAAGUCAGACAUGAUAGCUGGAGUGGAGAUGAGGGUGCUGGUGGCGUUUCUCGUGGCGGUGCUGGGCUGCAGUCUGGCUGGAGCUCAAAUCGUGUCCAAAUGUCAAGUGAGGAACCAGCUGAUGCAAACACUGGCCAACCUGCCGGAGAAGGCGAAGCAGUCCGGAGUGACUGAGAAGAUCGUGGCCAAGAUUGUCCGCUACGCAGAACGGGUGUCACAUUUUAACACCAGCAAGGUGCAUGAGCUGGGAGAGCUUCACAGUCGGCCCAAGAGGGGUGGUCCAAAUGGAGGCUCGUUCAGCCUGGCCGAGGAGGAAGCCCCUCUGAGCACCGGCCAGAACCGCACCAGAGGACUACAGCAUGCAAGGCAGCCUCCACCAUCCCGUCCCCGGCUUCCACAGAGUGGGGAGGAGGACGAUGAUGUCUGUACGCUCUAUGGCCUUUUCCAGCUCUGCGGCCGCCUGGUCUGCAGCGAUGGCUCGACUCCAUCACACAACAUCUGUAGGAUGGACUGCAAAGAAAUGAUUGAUGGCGACAUAUCUGACGAUGUGCGGUGCUUGCUGAAGAUCUUCACCAAUCUGGUAGAAAGCGGUUUCAGUGCACCCAACUUUAAGGAGUCAGGACGAGUCAUCAGACUCAUUUUGCAGGACGAGCACGGAGAUGAGACAACCUCCGACUACUUCGCCGAAUGCUCAGAAUAA